AUGCAACUCCUUAUGGGGUUUCUGUGUUUAGUUCCUCAAAACUCUGUCGUUGUUGGGCCUCAGUUUGGAGACUUUUUCAAGACAAAAUGUGUUAACGCUGAUACUGGAAUCGACGUAUUUUGCAAGACAGAUUUUAGAAUAAAGCCUCUUAAUGUUUCCUUCGAAGUAGGAAGACAAGUUUUAUCACUUGUGGUGGAAGGAAAACAGCCAGACAUGCACAAAUUCGACCACACCUCUUUCCGACUUAAGAAAGACAUGGUUGGCAGCAAUUUAACAUGGACAGUUUUAUACAGCGCUAAUGAGGAUCCAAUGGAGUUUACGGCCCGCCUGUGCUUUAGGACCGGGAUUUUCAGCAGACAGACGAGUCACUGUACACAAUCAACAGAUUAUAUGACACCAAUCUCAAGAACAGACAGAAGUGGGCCAAUCAGUCUGACUAAGUUGAGAAACAUCGACAGCGAACACAUUAUUUCAAAAGAAGAGCAACAUUACGAAGUACCUCUACAACAUACGGGCAAUGAUGCAGAAGAACCAAUGGUGGACACAGCACUUCUUGGCAACGUCUGUGCAGCAGAGAACAAGUAUGGAAAUAUCUCAGUGGUAGGACCAGCUUUUGUGGACAGGGAGGUUACACUGAAAGCGACACCGUUCUAUCAUUGGGGUUGUGACGUAGAAUUUAGAUACCUAAAAGACAAGGACACAACAUUCCAAACAAUGAUUGGGAUAAAUGUUAAAACAGAUUUGGAAGAUGGGUCGUUUCUUUUAAAAUGGAAGGCUUCAAAUGAAUAUAACGGAUCGAAUUUUAACGCUGGAUGUUCAACAAACAAAACAAUUAGAACAAACACGAUAGCUAUAUAUCUGAAAGAUACACCUGGGUACCCAGUUCUUGGUCCAAAGUUCUCUGACUUUAAUAUAACAGAAUGUAUUUAUGUUUAUGGAGGCUCCGACGUUUAUUGUAAAACUGAAAAAGGAACAGAGCCCGUACAAGUCCGACUUUUAAUAGGACAGAACUCAUUUGUUCUAGCUAAAAUCGAAGGGAAUAAAGGGUCGUACCGAUUCCAAAACGUGAGUCAAGAAAUGGCCGGAAUGUAUAGACGGAAUGUGACAUGUCAGGUUUCUCAUGAAGCCCUUGAAACACCUUACGAAGAGCACGGCAUUCUAUGUAGCGUAGAGACAGGUAGCCUGCCUGUUCUAACAGUUCCUGAAUUAUUUCAUGGUGAAAACUCUACAUCUAUCUGUGAAGUGCGAAAUGCUAUCCCAGCUCCGACAAUAGAAAUAUACGUUGAUAAAGUCUUGCUGGGUGAUGUUCAACAAACUGAUACAUUUGAUGAAUCAUCUCAUACUUAUACAAGUUCAGCAAAGAAGACAAAGGCUAACAAAAUGUGGAAUGGAAAAGAGGUGUGCUGCACAAAGAAAAGCAAAUAUGAUAUUGGUCUAAAAAGUGUCUUAGUAUGCAAAAAUAUCAGUAUGAAAUAUAAAGACUUGGAAGUAUCGUCUCAAGGAGUGGUCGUAAAAUGUACUGUGGAUGACUGCAAUGCUAAAGGACAAUGGACGCUGCGAUGGAAAGAUGAAAAUACUUCUGUUAAAAAAACAUGUAAAACAGCAGAGAAAUGCCUGUUAACACUUAAUCAUACGGGAGAUAGAGAAAACACAGAUAUUUGCAAAUCACAGGAACUGAAUAUUUCAUUGACAGUAUCCUGUUCAAAGACGACCGAUGGUAGUCAAUCCAAGGAAAGUGGCAUUCAGACGUUUUCGUUAACGUUCCCAUUUUCUGUCAACAAUGUACUUAUUGGAACAGGCGUGAUCUGUGGACUCUGCAUCCUGUUUGUAAUUGGAAGAUGUGUAUAUCUUAAACGGCAAAAGAUUAGCGCAGUCAACAUAACCGAAAAUGUUGAAAAUCACAGCGUCCCCUCGUCGGACAAUGGCGUGCUACACAUAACAACAGAAGGAGUCCAGUACGCAGUCGUGCAGAGACAGGCGGCCACACGGAGGACUGAAACGCAGCAACGACAUGAUGACGACAGCCUAACGUACGCCGAGUUGGACAUCAAUUUCCUACAAGAGGCUAACGCAAGAGUUUCGUUAAGGAGAUAUAAUAUGCCGACGGAGUAUGCUGACAUUGAGUUCUCCUCAACACAGGAACCUGAAAAAGAAGAUUGUGCGUGCCAAAAUGCAUCAGACGAGUGUAAAACUAGAUCAAAAACCAAACUAUGUUUCCCUGAGUGUCUUCAGUGACUUGAAGCUUUUACCCUUAUAAAUAAGAAGGCAUAACAAAUCCUCAAAUAUAUUUUGGUUUCUAUUUUACUGUCCGAAUUCUUGCAAGG